UUGAAUAUUCCUUUUUCUUGUAAAUUCGGGCUUUUUCUUUUUUGUUUCUUAUUAUUCGCUCGAGCUGAAUCUAGGUACGUGGUGCCAUACGACUUGGUGGCGGCGGACCCAGCAGCGUCGCAAUAUAGGGCCACUCAGACAUGGCGCUGCUGAUGCGUAACGUAGUGGAUAGGGUUUGAAGAAGCCCGAUUUGACAGCGGUGUCGCCGAUGCCUAUAGCCGGUGAGGAUGGGGAACAAGAUCGAGGGCGUUUUCUUUUACGGGAUGCGCGUAUUUUUGUUAGAAGUGAUGGGAUACUGUGCUUUAGUAUAGGGUUGGUUUACUUUGUAGGAAUUAAAAGAGAAAAGAGAAUAGCAAUGAUACCCUUGGCCAUGGGGCGAAGUGGUGCUUAUUGCAAAGUCUGGAGAUCUGACGUUGCAUGUGCCGCCCAAAAAUGCGCUGAGGUGGGUUUUGCAUUUUGAAUGACAUCAUCAUUAUCAGGGUUGUCAAAGGGCGACGAGAAAUGCCGGUGCUUCUAGAGGGCUGCCGCUUUUGCAUCAUUUCGAUUUAUUGUUUUUGGCUACGACGACCAAUUCAAUUUAACCAAUCUGGUGCAUUGUGCUUUAAAAAUAUAACGACGAAGCUGAAAAGGCUUGUAUUCAGUCAGGGUCCUUGCAUUGCAGAAUUCCACGACGAACGAAUUGCGGAAGGUAUUACUCAACGAAGUUGGAUAAUACAUUGGAUUCUUUUUUUUUCAGAGAAGGAUAAAACAACAAGCUUCACUCGACUAACGAACACCGACGCGAAACUCAGCACUCGACCGUUGGCCACGCUGAACUCUAGCGCUCAGUGCUGCUUUGCUGCCCCUCGCUCGCCACCACCACCACCAUCUAUAGCGUCCCUCGGGCGUCUUUCGGUGCCCCUCCCCCCGACCGCCGCAUCAGCGCAAACCCCUCACAAGAAGGUGGUCCACCCACUCUCGCUCUCUCUCUCGACUCCUCGAAACCUUGUCCCCCGCGCUGCUACCCGCUUCACCACGUUCCCAGCAACCGUCAUUAACUAA